AUGUCUUCCAAUCCAUCAUACAGCCAUUACGACAUUCCUUGCGAUUUGUCGAACGCCAAAUACCAGAACAGUGAGCGGUCGGCGAGUAUCUCCACAACUGGUUCAUGUACCAGCAUUCUUUCCGGUAGUGCUGGUUGUGACCUUCGCCCUCUUACCGCAAAGAAAUCUUCCGAUCGGUUUUCUUGCAUCUUAAUCAUCGUUGCCAUUAUUCUUUCACUCUUCUGCGUCGUCCUUAGCGCAUGCGUUGCAGUUUUGUUCUUCAAUCUGGAACAAGUUCGAGCACAACUUCAGAAAGAAACAAACAAUUUGUUUGACAGGAAGAUCUGUCUGCUUUGCGACGAACUGACCUUGUCCCCAUUUGACGAAGAAAAUGAGGCUACAAGAGAACUGGACGUGAAGUCAGAUUUUAACGGUGAUAGGGUGUGCUGCGCGAACGAUGCCAGGCAGUCUAAGAUCAUGUUUGACUUGCUUUUCAAGAAAAAGAACAAGAUUACAUGCAUUGAAGAGACCAACGCCGCCCAAACAUCUUGUAAUCGGACAUUACCUAACACAGGCUUUUUGACCGGAAGAUCAUCCGCACAUCUUCAUAUAGGCAUACAAAACACAGGUCCAAACAACG